AUGCCUGAGCGCCCGAGCGAAUUCCGCCAGCGCGGCGAGACCACCGACGACUGGCUGGACAGAUUGCGACGUGUCAACUCUGAUGCUGGCGAUGAUGUUGACGGCUUCUCCAAGAUGAUGGCGGAGAUUGAGCGAGAGACGGAAGAAGCUGCUGGCUUUCGCUGGCAUUCGCAUGAAACCCAGCAGCGACAGGACGCCAUUCUGGCGCACUUUCGGGACUUCGUCAAAAAACUCGAGAGGCUUUCAGACGAUGUCACCGGCGACCAGCUUGAGGAGGCAUGCUUCCCUCCUCCCAAGGCGGGCGACUCAGGUCGCUCCAAAUGGAAGUCCCUCUCGCGCAACCUGAAGUAUUUCAUGGGAUUCGUCGUGCGCUUUGGCGUGCCCCCCGGUAUCCACGACGCUGCUGUCUCCGACAGCUGCCUCGCCCAGUACCGGGAUGUCCUCAUGUUCUGGGUUUCGAGGAGCUACCGUCUGCGCGACAUGGAUGGGCCUCGGUCCCACGAAGUCUCCAAUGAAGUGACGGAAGUCGUGCAACAUCUGGACGCCAAGCAUGGAAUCACCCGCCGCUCUCAAAGCAUCGCCGAGAAAUCGUAUGUCGACAUCGUGGAGCUCCGUCAAAUGUUCGAUGAAGGAAUGAAGGCGGUGGAUGGGAAGAACACCAUCGGUCGUUAA